UGACGUGUAGACGAGAGAAGAUGCUUACAGGCAAGAUCUGAGCGAGUUCCAAGCCGCUCACUUAAUAUGAUAGUCUCUAACGUAAGACUUGCUGUGUCGCUGUCUCAGUCGUUAACACGGUGUUGUGAUAGCGAAACCACGAGACGCCAGUUUUCUUGAUAUGCUCGACAGACUGGACUACUAAAUCUUUCAGAUAGUGGAUGCUGUGUUGCUGCUAUCUGAGGAACUAUGGCGAUGUGGCAGAAUGAAAAAAAGACAUGUACACAGAUAACUAUUGUCUUAAUCUUAACGGUAAUGACAAAUGUUAGGGUCGCUGGGUAUAUUGAUCUAGAUAAAACGUCUGAUGAUAUUUAUAUGGAUCCUUGUAAAGCAGCUGGAUUCUGGGGUGACAUAGCGCUGGAUGAAGAAGAAUAUAGGCCAAGAAAGAAGAAUAUGCUUGGUGAAAGCUUAAUUAUUAGUAACGAGAGCAGAUUUGAACUUCAAGUAGAUCACCCGAACAUACACAGUAGGGUUCCACUUCAUGGUUUUCAAAAUAUAGAAGAACACAAAAAACAACUUCAAGAAGACAAAAACUACUUGACAAAGAUUCUCAAAGAAAAGAAGUUACAGUUAAAAGCAUCUUGUGGCUUAAGAACGAAAAAGCAAUGUCGUAUUGAUAGAAGUACACUAAGAGAAGAAAUUAAAAAAGCAAAAAUCAAAUGGAGAGAAUUAAAACUGCAACUUGGACAAAUUCGGCAACAAACCCACAGAUCGACAAAAUAUAAGGAGAAAGUUGGUUCAGAUGUUAGACCAAAGAAUCACCUGGCACUUAAGAAUUCACUUGGGGAAAGCAGAAAGAAUAAUACACAAAGAUUUUGGAAUAAAAAAAGAAGGGAACAAUCACGUACCCAUUCUAGGCAGCGGAGGGCGGCUACAGCAAAGGCUGAGAGGUUAUGGGACUAUGGUGUCAUCCCAUUUGUCAUAGAAGCUAAUUUUUCAGGUUCAACUAAAUCUCUUUUCACUAUGGCCAUGAGGCACUGGGAAAAUUUCACGUGUAUAACGUUUAAAGAAAAAGAACCAAGUGAUCAGAACUAUAUACUAUUUACAGAACGAUCGUGUGGUUGCUGUUCUUAUGUUGGAAAAAGAGGAAGUGGAGCGCAAGUCAUUUCAAUAGGAAAAAACUGCGAUAAAUUUGGCAUUGUUGUUCAUGAGUUAGGCCAUGUUAUAGGUUUUUGGCAUGAACACACUAGACCAGAUCGAGACAAUCAUGUGCAAAUUAACUACAAAAAUAUCAUGCCAGGCCAAGAAUAUAAUUUCAACAAACUCACUUCUGCGGACGUUAACUCUCACGGAGAAACCUAUGAUUAUGGGAGUAUAAUGCAUUAUGCAAGGAACACGUUUGCACGCAACACAUUUUUGGACACGAUAUUUCCCACCACAAGAAAAGCCGGUACGGCGGUUCGACCUGAGAUUGGCCAGAGAGUCAGGCUAAGUCCAGGAGACAUUCGACAAGCUAAUAAGCUUUAUAAAUGUCCAAGCUGCGGGCGAACACUUCACGAAUCGAUGGAUAAUUUUAGUCACACGCCAAAAGCUGGCAACCCAGAAAUAUGCCAAUGGCGAAUAUCGGCGACCCACGGCGAAACAAUUUCACUAAAUAUAACAAAACUCGAUAUCCCUGUUUCAUAUAAUUGUGAAACCGAUUAUCUGGAAGUCAGGGACGGUUAUUUUGUCAAGUCACCUCUACUGGGUCGUUUUUGCGGGGAUCAGUUGCCCGAUACACUGACAUCUACUGGUACACGAAUGUGGAUAGAAUACAAAACAAGAAAUGGUGGAGGGCAAGGCUUUAGUGCUUCAUAUGAAGGUUGGUCUUUAGCAAUAUGUGGAGGAGAAAUUACAAAAGAGGAAGGUUUCUUGACAAGUCCAAACUACCCUGAUGCUUACCGGGCAGAGAAAGUCUGUAUCUGGAAGAUCACAGUCGCUCCGGAAUUUACAGUAGCACUCCAGUUUCAAGAAUUUGAGAUAGAAAAUCACGAUGACUGUGUUUAUGACUAUCUUGAAAUAAGAGAUGGACCAACUGAGGUCUCACCGCUGAUUGGUAAUUUUUGUGGCUACAAAAUACCAGAAGAUAUCAAAUCUACUGGAAGACAUAUGUAUGUUAAGUUUGUCAGUGACGGCUCCGUGCAGAAACAAGGUUUUUCAGCAACAUUUGUCAAAGAGAACGACGAAUGUAGCAGUGAGGAGCACGGCUGUGACCACGAGUGUGUCAAUACGCUGGGCAGCUACAGGUGUUCCUGUCGUAUAGGUUAUGAGCUGCAUUCGGAUGGGAAAAGAUGUGAAGAUGCUUGUGGAGGUUUUAUUGAUGCUGAAAAUGGAAACAUUUCAUCUCCCUCGUUUCCUGAUUUAUACCCACCCAACAAGAACUGUGUUUGGGAAAUUGCUGCCCCUAGCGACUUCAAAAUAAACUUAAACUUUACUCACUUUAAUCUAGAAGGACAUAACCAAGACUGCGAAUACGACUCAAUUCGAAUCAGUAGCAGAGGUGCUGGCAACGAUCUCAAGCUGCUGGGUAUAUUCUGCGGCUACAUGCUUCCAGCGGCAGUUACAUCAGAGAGAAACAAUCUAAGAAUUGAGUUCAACUCGGAUAACUCUGUACAGAAGACUGGUUUUUUUGCCUCUUUCACCACUGAUAAGGAUGAAUGCACAAAAGAUAAUGGAGGCUGUCAACACAUAUGUAAGAACACAGUUGGUAGCUACCAGUGUGCCUGUCAAAAUGGAUUUACUCUGCACGAUGACCUACAUGGUUGCAAAGAAGGUGGGUGUCAGUUUGAGAUAAGAGUUCACUACGGAGUUAUCACCAGUCCAAACUAUCCUGAGUAUUAUCCCAGCAGAAAAGAUUGUGUCUGGCAUUUUACUACAGCCCCUGGACAUAGGAUAAGACUCCGUUUUAAAGUGUUUGAACUAGAGCCACACCAGGAAUGUACCUAUGACCAUGUGGUAGUAUUUGACGGAGAUGACAGCACAGCUGAGACCAUAGGCAAAUACUGUGGUGCUCUAGUACCUGAACCCGUCACUUCCACUAGGAAUAGAAUGUUCAUGAUAUUUUUCUCUGAUGCUUCAGUACAAAGAAAAGGGUUCGAGGCGGAACAUGACACGGUUUGCGGUGGCUUGCUGCUAGCUACAGCAUCAGCAUUAGAGAUAGUAUCACAUGCUCGUUUUGGAGAUCAUAACUACGAUAACAGGGAAGAUUGCCAAUGGAAAAUUCAAGCUGAAGCCGGCCAUCAAGUACAGCUUAAGUUUACAAGCUUUGAUUUGGAAGACGAAACUGAUUGUGGAUACGAUGUUGUGACUGUUUAUGAUGGCCAACUUGAAACUGAUAACUUAUUAGGGACAUUUUGUGGAAGUGCUAUACCAGAUUCUAUAAUUUCAAGCACUGAAUAUUUAUUAAUUAAAUUUCGAUCCGAUGAUACAAUAAAUUGGAAGGGAUUCUCUGCAACUUACAAACGUAUUAAUCCCUCACUGGAUUAUGUUGAAGGAAAGGAUAUUUAUGAAAAUGAGUUAGAUUUAGAGUAAUGCAAUAAAAGUUUAUAUUCAUGCUCAAUCUUACAGCAGCAUGUCUAUAAAUCAAUUACAAUAUAAUAUUAGAAUGUAUUUGGGAGGUGUUUGAUAUGUAGUUACCUCAUAUAUUCAAAUAAAUGUUUCAACUUAAAUAUAUUUUAACUUUCAAAUAACUUUUUUAAUAAUUAAUUAUUUUUAAGCAGCCAAUUUCAUAAUCUUUUUCUCAUUUGUUUUAACACUGUUGUUUUACAAAAGUAUCGAAAGAGUGUGAAUUUGUAAUUCACAGAUAAAUGAAAGAAAUACUAUUUGUAGCAAUAAUAUUUCUGUUUUUGCAUUAGUUACAAGAGUUACGGAAAACAAAUGUUAUAAUUAUUUGAAAGCGAAAGAACGAAAAGUGAAAAUUGACCGUAAUUGUAUGAUGCUGUGUAUUCUAUUUUAAUGUAAUGCUAUGGUUUAUUAAAUUACAUUUCUAUUAGCUCAGCAUCAGAUCUGAAUCUGAUUCUAAAAUGAACGAAAGCAGGCAGUCAUUUUAAAUUAAUCUACAAACCAUUUAAAACAUUGCAUGUACCAUCAAAACAUAACAAAGGGUAAUUGAUAAAACUGAAACUGGCUUUCUAUGAAAGUUAAUUUUUUUUUAAAAUCAUAAUAGGAUUUGUUUUAAAGACGCUUAGUUAUUUAUUGUGUUACUAGCUACAUGAAAUGCGUCGAGACUGAGGGUGGGGCUUUUAAAAAAAUUAAUUCGAGUAAGACAAAUUGACGUUCAGAUACACUUCCAAUAAGGAGAGGUAUUAUUCUGAAUGUGUCAUUACGCCAACAUUUGAGAAUAAAAAACAAAUGUAUAGGCCAGCUUAUCUUUAUCGUAACUGUGUCAAAUCAAAUGAUUUGUAAGUCAAAGUGUGCAAUUAAAUACUUUUUUCAACAAAUGAUUAGUAUCAGUCCUUGUCUUUUUCUGUAACUGACAAAAUGAAUUUCGAACUCGACGAUUUUACUGAACUGCAUGUUUAUAUUAACGUAAAUAUCUAUUAAAUAUUCUCCACAAACCAUAUAUUGUGAUUUUUUAAAAAGAAGAGCCGUCACAAUACAUGUUAUUUUGUUAUAUUUUCUUUUUCCUUUUUUUUUUUUUUUCUAAUUUAUUUCAUUUGUUAAUUUUUUGUUCAUCUUUUAAAAUUAAUGAUUAUUUUUUUAAAUUUUAUUUCUAUUUUUAUCUACUUAUUUGUUUCUAUAAUUCUUUUACCUUAUGACUUUAGUUAGCAUCAAGUGAUGACUUCCGCACAGAGGCGUAUCAAGGGGAAGGCGGGUGGGGUAGCCGCACCUGGCGCCGACCCUGAUGGGGUAGACCAAAAUGGGUAGACCCAUUUUAAAAAAAGCUUAGUUUAACCUCAAGUACUGGAUUAUACACAGUCACAGUCGAAGUUAAGAAAGUAAACGGCUACAAGGCUUUACACGCGGUUUCUACAUCACUUAUGUGGCACCCGAAAAAUAAAACUGUUACGGGAUAGUGACAGGUAGAAAGCGCCACCAACCUUUCCAACUGGGGGCGGGGCGCUUUUUCACCAGCAUAAAUAACUAUAGCCAAUAUAUAAAUGUGAGAGGGGGUGGCGUAAAACUGGUAGUUCGGCCCGGGCACCGAAAUGGGUUACUACGCAUCUGCUUCCACGCGGUAUAGGAUCCGAAAUAGCCAAAUUGUGACUCAAAAGAAUAGUGUUGUACGUGUCUUCAUGCAGAAUUAAACAUACGUAUAUGUUAUAGCAUAUAUAAAACAGUCUCCUACAUAAAUAUAGCAAAACAAAAAGAGCUAAUAAUAUAUUGCAUUUAUCUUUCUGAAUGGAUAUUAGAUUCUACUUUAAAUAUUCAAUAAUAUAUUAUACAUUUCUGAAAAAGAUUAAAAUUAAAUUAUCAUAUAAAUAAUUAACAUUGCUAAAUACCUAUUAAAAAUAUGGUUUUUUUAAAUAGUAUAUUGGGAGUUGUGUCCAAGAGAUGUUACAUUUCUAUGGAAAUCUUCGUAGGAAGUGCAUUGCUUGGACUUUCAUCCAAAGUGAGCACUUGCUGAAAGUUGGUACGACGACUCUUAAAUUCCUACUUAUUUGUAAUUUCAAAAAUGAAUUACCUUUCUCCUCGCAUCUUUGCUUUACUUUCUUACUUUUUCCUUAUAUAUAUAUAUAUAUAUAUAUAUAUAUAUAUAUAUAUAUAUAUAUAUAUAUAUAUAUAUAUAUAUAUAUAUAUAUAUAUAUAUAUAUGUGUAUAUAUGAGUAUAUGAAUACACACAAAAAUGUGUGUGUUCAUACAUACGUACAUUUUAUUGCACUUUAAAAAAAAUUGUUUACACAUUCCUAUUGUAAAUGGAUAUUAAAGAAAAACUGUAAUAACUAUUAUUAUGUGAACGUGUAUAACCAGUGUUAUAUAUCUAUAUUUAUAUGUAUAUAUAUAUAUAUGUAUACAAUAUGUAUAUAUAAAUAUUUAUUUAUAUAUACAGGUAUAUACUAUAUAUAUACAUGUAUAUGUAUAGGUAUUUAUAUAUGCUUAUAUAUGUGUGUGUUUAUUUAUAUUUAAAUACUAAUGUAUAUAAAGAUAAGUAUUUAUAUACAUUUUUGUGUAUAUAAUUAUACUUAAUACAUAUACAAUUUAUAUGUAUGUAUAUAUUAUUUUUUGACAUGACGAGUGUUUCAUGGAUUCACUAGAUUGCACGUUAAGAAUGUAUACUUUUUUUUAAAAAUAGCUAGUGGGACUACGUAUUUUAUCUUGUAAAAUAAAAAAAAAAUAUCAUUUAACUGCAUUGUACGAGGCUUUUAUUAAAUCUUUAUUUAACCCAAUUUUCACGGUGAAGCAAUUGCACUACUUGUAUUUACAUUAUUUCUAGAAUACAUAAAAGUGUUUCUGAAAACAUUAAUGACGUAUUAUUUACACAUUUGUACAAUUCCAAUUAACAACUUAUCGUGUACUUUUUUUGAUAACUUGUAGCAUCUGUAACUGCUGUUGUUAUUCAAAAUUAUAACGAUUUUUAAAAUUUGUGACAACUAUUUUAACAUAAGCUAAUCUCAAAUUAUUACAUUUUAUUCACAGAUUUUUUUUAGUAGGUUAUCAUUUAAUUACAGCUUUAUUUUGCAAUAAUACAGUUAAUAAAGUAUAAAC